CAACUCUCUGCAACAGGUCAGAGAGAAGCAGGCAGUCAGGAUGACACCGAUGUUCCUUAAUGUGCACCGUGGCAGCAAUGACACUGAGGAUCCCUUCAUACCUGGAAUGCUGUGCAAAGAUGUUGUGAAGCUCUGUGAGGAGCCCUGUGAGACUGACUGUUGCCUGGCUGGGGAGUGGAGAGGCUCAGAUGAGCCCAGAGCCACAGAUCAGGGAGUGAUGACUGAGAAUGUGGAGACCUCUGUGGAAAGAAACAGGAAGACUGGGUUCUCAGUUAUUCCUCUGGAUGCGUCGCUGAGUGAGCUGCAGGAUCUGGCAACAAGGCAGCAGCAGCAGAUUGAUGCCCAGCAGCAGCUUUUGGCCUUCAAGGAGCAUCAGCUGCGUUACCGGAAGCAGCAUGAUCUGAAGCAGGACCAGGAAGCUUCUCAGCGAGAGCGACUGCUGCAGCUCCAAGAGCACAUCAAAAACCAGGAGGCCAGACUGCUGCUGCUCUGGGCUCUCAGGAGCCAAGUGGAGCAGAAACGUGUUACAAACGCCAAAUUAGUGGAGGAGAUUGAGCAGACGACCAGCCUGAUCCACCAGAAGCAAAAUGAGUUGCAGUCAGCUGAAGACAAAGUGGAGGAUCUGAGCAAGCAGCUGGAGGCUUUGAGGAAUACUCAUUUGGAUUCAGCUAUUCCUUCACAUCCUUACAACUUUACCUCUGCUGCUGAGGUUAAAGGCUUAAACAAGGAUUUGCAGCUGAGGAGCGAGCUUAACCAGGAACAGAGACUAAAGCUGCAGCAACAGAAAGACAGCCUGAGAAAAAGACAUCUGGAAGUGGCUGCGAUGGACCAGCGUCUGGCUGAGCUCCGAGACAGACUCACCAAAAAGAAGGCUACCUUGCAGCAGAAAGAAAGCCUGCCAGUGGCCUCAGAAAGCAUCAACCCACAGCAUGAGCUGAGCUCCAGAGUAGCAGCAGUGGGACCGUACAUCAAGUCCGCUUCCAGGUCCAGCUCCCAGCAUCCUGCUGGGCCUUCAUCCAAGGAAGUGUUGGUAAAGUUUACAUAUCCAGAUGGUACUGCUACCUUACCAGUAUGUCUAAAGCCGCCACCGAGACCAGACGUCCCAGCUGUUGAUUCUUCCAGACCUGGCCAGUCCACAGAGAAGCAGCUCAAGGACGCCCAGCCAUUUAGCAAUGGCCCGUCCAAGUCGACUGUGCCGCCACCAGUACCCAGCAAACCUAAACCGUCCCCUGCUCCACCAACCUUCUCCAAGCCUGAGUUUUACACAGGGACCUUCCCUGGUAAAAAGAAACUGUAUGGCAGUCAGCUGAAGGAUACGUCGGUCCUGUCAAACAGCAGCCUUCCUCUCCAUAGCAACAGGGGAAGUUCUCCCGCGGUCGCUGUGCGUCCAUACACACCAGAACCCACAGAUGGCCCUCCUCCUGAGUUACACAAACCGAAGACUCUGGCAGGUUCAUCCAUUUUCUGGAUGUACACCCAGCAGGCAAGCCCUGGUAAAGCCCAACAGGCAAACGGCCAGGGAACACUGCCCAGCAGCAAGCCCAAAGCGUAUGGUAAACCUGUCCCUCCUGCUGAGGGGAAGCAGCAGAGGGUCAGCUCAGGCACAUCUGGGCUCUCUGACUUUAAUGAGGGCGAGGCCGAUGACAGCUUAUCUGCUGCCACUGAUGACAAAGCUGUCGAGGCUGAAACUCCUCGUCCUCUCAGUCCCUCCAAGCUCCUCCCCUUUGUGUCCGACCCUCAUAGGAACUCUGAUGUUGAUUCGGAGGGAUUCCGCCGCCGACUGCAGCACGCCCCCCGCCCCUUAAAAAAACGCAGCUCUGUUGUGGAGCCUGAAGGCCCCAUUGGACCUAACAUCCAGAAGCUUCUAUACCAGAAGACAACUCUGGCUGCCAUGGAAGCCAUCCCUAUGGAGACUAUCAGUGCACCAGGGGAGAAUGGUCCGGUCAUAAAUCCUGACAGCAGGAUUGUCAGGAACGAUGUCACUUCUAGGGUCAAAGAAAAAAGCUUAGCUGGCAUAAAGCCCAGCGACGGUCUGACAUCACCUCCACUGGCCCCCCUUCCCGCCUUCCCUGAGCCCAGCUAUUCCCAUUCCCAAGACAUGGAAGAAGAGGAAAAUAUGCCAUGCACCUUAAAUAAAGAUAGCUUCCCUCAUCCCAGCUGUGGGGAGAAAGAAAAGGCAGAUGGUGUCCUUAGCUCUGAGCAACCAAUACCCCAAAGUACAGACCCACCUGGUAAACAGUCUAUCCUGCAUAAGCCUGGAGCAGCCUGGAUAGACCGUGGGAAGCAUGUCCAGUUCAGCCCUCUGGCCCUGCUGCUGGAUUCUGCUCUUGAGGGGGAAUUUGACCUGGUCCAGAGAGUCAUCUAUGAGGUGGAUGAUGCCAGCAGGCCUAAUGAUGAAGGAAUCACAGCGUUGCAUAAUGCUGUGUGCGCCGGACACUUUGAGAUCGUUAAGUUUUUGGUCCAAUUUGGUGUCAACGUCAAUGCUGCCGACAGCGAUGGCUGGACUCCUCUGCAUUGUGCUGCUUCUUGCAACAGUUUCCAGAUUUGUAGGUUUCUGGUGGAAUCUGGGGCGGCUGUGUUUGCAGCCACAUACAGUGACAUGCAGACUGCAGCUGACAAGUGUGAGGAGAUGGAGGAGGGCUAUGCACAGUGCUCCAAGUUCCUUUAUGGCGUCCAGGAGAAGAUGGGAGUGAUGAACCGUGGGGUGGUGUACGCCCUGUGGAGCUAUGAGCCUCAGCAUCACGACGAGCUGGGCUUCAGUGAAGGAGACUGCCUGACGGUGCUGAGCCAGGAGGAGGAGAGGGAGUGGUGGUGGGCCCGAUGUGGAGACCACGAAGGAUUCAUUCCCCGCAACCUUCUCGGGCUCUAUCCGAGGAUCAAGCCCCGGCAGCGGAGCCUGGCCUAACCGGGAUAUUCAUAACGUGUUGAUGAGCAGAAACAGCAGACAGCCUCAACAGACAAGGACCUGAGGAAAGGAGAGCUUCCUGGUUCCCACAGAUCAAAGCACUGCUGUCCAUCAGCAGCAGAACUAGAUGGACAGACAUGACAUCAGCCUCUACUUUCAUUGCUUCACUGAGGUGUGGAAGAAGGAUGGAGACCAGGGUGAUGAUUUUUGGACUGUUUUUCUCAAAAAUGAUUUCCUGUAGCACGAAUUGAUAAACUUUUGCCUCUUAAUGAGUAACAUUAUGUUUAUUCCACUGAGACAUUGAAAAGGGUCACGCACAAACCACAAAAAAAAUCACUAUUACUGUCAGUGGGACUAAAUUUGUUAAGCCUAAGAAAGAAUUAACAAACAGUACCAAUACACUAACGAUACCUGAAACACUUCUAACUUGUCCUUGUGGGCAGCUGUGAUUGUUUAAAAUGAUAAGAGUAUGAAAUGAUUGUUCUGCGCUGAAGAUUUGGAUGAAAUAUCUGCAGUUCGGCAUGAAAACCCAAAAUGCUUGACAAUCCACUGGAAACAGUCGAAUCUCCAAUCAACGUUGCCAGCAGCAGCUGCUGCGAACGUGCGAUCAAAGUUAGGCGAGUCCUGCCCAAACAAGGACGACCUCCCACUGAGACUCAUCCUGUCCGAUGACAUCAGCAUUGCCAAUUCACGUGCUUCUGGUUUCCUAACCCUAUUUAAUGUUAUACGUGUGACUCUUAAGCUUGUGUUCAAUUUUGACUCUUCUUCCAGUGACUUUAAAAACUGGCCAAAAAAGAUCAUUAAACAUUUUUAUAU